GGCGGGGCUGCGGCGAACGGUAGGGAAUCACGCGGAGGAAACGAGGCUGCGGAGCGAUCCGUUCGGUGGUGCCGCUGCGAUGCUGGCGUUCACGCUGUAGGUCCCGACGCCGUAGCAACUGCCCUCACUACCUUCCUGCUGCCGUCUCUGGGCGCUCCCCGCUUCGCCUCAACCGUCCUUCCCGGAACGUGCGAACCAAUGUUCACCGGCUGACGCGCCCGUUCCGGCGCGUGGGGAAGCCUGGCUUCGGCCACUCAGUACUUGCCGCUGCCGUGGGCGCGGAAUGGCAGGCGUGGAGCUGUUCUCGCACCCCGCGCUUCACACGCGCUACCGAGCUGGGCUCUGCUCCACCGCCGUGCUGGCGCUGCUGCUCAUCGCCGUGCUCACCUACGUGCCGCCGUUGCUGGUGGCCUACAGGAGCCACGGUUUCUGGCUGAAGCAGAAUGCGUACCGAGAGCAGCCGACGGUUCGGUUCCGGUACGAGGUGCUUUUCGUGGCCACCACCGGGCCUGGCCCGGGUAGCUUUCUGGCGUGGAGCACGUUCCCAGCUUUCAACCGGCUCCAGGAGGACCGACUGCGCGUCCCGCUCCUGUCGACUAGAGAAGAAGACAAAAAUCAAGAUGGCAAAAUGGAUCAGUUGCAUUUUAAAUUGGAGCUUCCGCUACGACCUACAGAGCAUGUAGUUGGUGUUCAGCUGAUUUUGAUCUUUUCCUACCACCUUUAUAGGAUGUCGACAUUCGUGAUGCAAAGCAUGGCUUUUCUUCAGUUUUUUUCUCCUGUACCGGGAUCUCAGCUCUAUGUGAAUGGAGACCUGAAACUGAACCAGAGGCAAUUACUUAACCAUUGUGGGCUAGAUACCAGAUACAAUGUGUCUGUGGUCAAUGGCACAAGCCCUUUUGCAAGUGACUAUGAUCUAAAAAACAUCAUUGCAGCGUAUCGAGAUAGAAAUGUGACGACAGUAUUUUCAGAUCCUAACCCCAUUUGGAUGACUGGAAGAGCAGCAAAUACGCCAUUUAUCGUUAAUGCCACUAUUCAUUACCCAGUGGAAGUUAUCUUAUAUCAGCCAGGAUUUUGGGAAAUGAUUAAAUUUGCCUGGAUCCAGUAUGUCAGCAUUCUCCUCGUCUUUCUUUGGGUGUUUGGUAGGAUUAAAAUGUUUGUGUUCCAGAAUCAGGUGUUUGCUACGACUCCAGUUUCACCAAUUCUGCCAUUGUCUCCGGUAUUGUCCUACAAACAGCAUCAGUCCUGAGGAAAUGCCUGAAAACUUAAGAAAUGUGGUUUAAAAAUAAGUACCUGCUUUUUUUUCCUCUGUACAUUUUCCUUUUUUUUUUUAGAAGAUCAGAACCUUGUAAGUAUAUUCUGAGUAUGUUCUGUUCUUACUACAUCUUGUGAAUGCUACGUCUUGUCAUGAAAGGAUGUCAUUUUCUUUUUUUGAAGAUGUGCGUGUCUCUGUAUUUCUGUAGGAACUUUGGGACUGAAGUGUUUAAUUUUGAACAGUUAAAGAAGAACUUGGUUUUUGGUGGGUUUUGGUUGUGUUUUUUUUUUUUUUU